AUGGAAGAAAGUGAAGUGCUUCCCAUCGUGUUCUUGUUAGCAAUAGUUACCUCCAAAGAAACAUGUACAGCCAUCAUCGCUGUGCAUCACAAUAACCUCACAUGCACGGAAAUUGCUACAAAGAAUAUUGCACCUGAAAGAACCAUUUACACAUCAAGAUCACAAGGAGGGAUCGAGAGUUUUGACUGCAGUGUGGAAGAAUGUCUUCGGAAUGUCCCAGAGUGUCCAGGCAAGCCGGCACGGACGUCUCCUCCUGAGGAGUCAGACGUGGGAUCGGCCUGCAAGAAGCCACUUCUCACCAAGGAAAACGUCAAGGACAGACUGACAUCUGACAAGAAGUACAAGGAAUUGGACAGCAGAGACGUGCAAAGUCAUUUCUCUGAUGAGCCCCCUUUACGACUGUUUGAGGACCUCUGGAAAAUUGAUUGUUCAGAGAAGAAAAAAGGCUUUGCGAAUACAAGUGAUGAAGGCUGGUUGAGGUCCAUGUUUGCACACAAAGUGGAUGCCAGGAAAGAUGCCCACUCCAAUCUGCUCUCCAAGAAAGAAACCAGCAACCUCUACAAGAUUCAGUAUUCAACAAACAAAGUAAAGCCAGAAUGCAUGGAGGCAUACAAUAAAAUGUCGGAUGAGGUCCAGAGAGAACUUCAUCGUGAUGCAGAUUAUCCAUGUGAAGUCAUUGGAAGCUGGAACACCUGGUACGGUGAACAGGAUCAGGCAGUGCAUCUCUGGAGGUAUUCUGGUGGAUAUCCUGCUCUUACAGAGUGUUUGCGUAAACUCAACAGCAAUAUGGCGUAUCUUGCAUUUCGAAAAGAGAGGAGCAAAAUGUUGAUCUCCCGACACAACCAGCUUCUUCUGGAGUUUAGUUUCUGGAACGAGCCUGUGCCCAGAAGCGGCCCCAACAUUUAUGAACUGAGAACAUAUCAACUAGUACCCGGAACUAUGAUUGAAUGGGGAAACAAUUGGGCUCGAGCAAUCAAAUAUAGACAGGAAAACAAUGAAGCAGUGGGUGGCUUCUUUACACAGAUCGGUGAAUUGUAUGUUGUUCAUCAUUUAUGGGCCUAUAAAGACCUGCAGUCCAGACAAGAGACCAGAAAUACUGCUUGGUUAAAAGAGGGCUGGGAUGUCAAUGUGCACUAUACAAUGCCUCUUAUUCAAAAAAUGGAAUCAAGAAUUAUGAUCCCCAUGGAACAUUCACCUCUGCAGUAAAAUCAACAGUGUUUCACAUGUGAUGAUACCAAAUACACAAUCCACCAGGAAAUCUCCUGUUUAGUUCUGACUUUACUCAAACACAUCUGAAGUCUUCAGGUCCUCUAGAAGCAGACAGGCAGUCGUGUUAGAGUAGAGCUGGACCUAAACUCUGCAAGAAGGCAAAAGUGUGCCAGUGUUAAAGCCAAUCUGACCCCAGGGCCUUUGUGUGAGACUGUUAUAUAUAUAUAAAAAUUACAGUCUUGUUUUUAUACAUCAUUCUC